AUGACAACAACAAAUGGCGAUCAUCAGCAGCAACGACAGGUUACUGAUGGUGAAUUAUUCGUGCGGAAAAUAAUGGAGGAUGAUAAGUCACAUUUUGUCCAAGUUGAGCGAUCCACUUCACAGGAGCAAGGAAACGAUGAACUACAAUUUGGAAAAGAAGGUGGUGUAUAUGAUAUAGAUCAGGAACUUGCUUCAUUCUGGCAUCGUAUUCGUGCAAGAAUCGAAGCAAUUGACCCAAAAACAUUACGUGAAGCAAGCCGACAUCAAGAAUUGCAAUUACCCUUGGCAAGAAUAAAGAAAAUCAUGAAGUUGGAUGAUGAUGUCAAACGAAUGGCAAAAACGCCUAUUUUACUUGCAAAAGCAUCCGAAAUCUUUGUCGAAGAAUUGACAUUAAAUGCUUGGAAACAUACAGAAGAUAAUAAGCGGAAAACACUGCAGAAGUCGGAUAUUUCUCAAGCUGUGGUCAGGAACGAUAUGUUCGAUUUCUUAAUUGAUAUCGUUCCACGAGAAGAUCCAAGGUGGCCAUCACAGACCAACAAUCAUCAAGAGCAAUCUGAAGAACUACAAGCAGUUAUUGCAGAUGCUAGCAGUAUUAAUGGGAGCGUUCAAUAUGUUUUACAGGUUGGAUCCUCAGAUGGAGCACUGACAACGGGCUCAGUUGUACAGGCUACUCAAAUUGGACAGCCAAUACAGCUACCCAUAGGUACGGGUAAUCAACCUAUCCAACUGAUUGCACUGAAUUUACCGGAAG